GCAGUCUGCAACCCAAACUUCACAGCUACCUCGCGUCUUCUCGGAACUGAGAAGCAUCGAGCAUGUGCCCCUGACUGCAUUCCACGCAACUUUUCUGUGGAUGCGACCGGGAUGAGUGCAAGCUGUGGUCUCGACCCCAUCAUCGAUCUGCAAGUCAACUUGCCAGGGCUGGCCGUGGUCCAGAUCUCGGUAGAUCAGCAAGAGGACCUGCCUGCGCUGCUUCGCAUCACGAAGACGGCCAUACUCCCUCGCGAUCGAGACAAAGUAUCUCAGCUGAUUUCGCCCCGCGGAGCGCGGCCUCUGCGGCCGGGGCUGAGCCUGCGGCGCGCAGGCUUGCGAUGUGGAGAUGUGCUGGUCGCCCCGCAGAUGCCCGUUCCGGAGCUGGCCGCGACUUCCGGAAGCUUUGCCACGCUCUGCGCGGGCUCGGUGACGACCUGGGGCCGCGAUCCGAAGCCAGGAGACGACGUCGUUGAGAGCGGCGAAGAGCUGCAGUCAGGCGUCGUGGAGAUCACGGCCCACGUCUCUGCUUUCGCUGCCCUGAAGGCAGACGGAACCGUCACCUGUUGGGGCUCCGCAGCGACAGGUGGUCGGGCACCAGGCCAGAUCUCCCAGGUCAAACGCAUCUUCCACACGGAUCGGGCCUUCGCAGCUUUGUGCAGCGACGGCUCGGUGGUUUGCUGGGGCGACCAGCUCUGUGGAGGAGAUCCGGGAGAGGCAGCGAAAGAGCUGCAGUCAGAAGUGGAGUUUAUUUUCGCUUCAUCGCGCGCCUUCGCUGCGCUGAAGCGCGGUGGUGCCGUGGUUACCUGGGGAGAAGGCUUGUCUGGAGGAAACUGCGGCAGCGUGGCCGACCAAUUGCGGGAGGGUGUGCAGCACAUCUACUCGACACAAGGAGCCUUCGUCGCGAUCAAAGAGGAUGGCGACAUCGUUGCAUGGGGCUCCAGCGUUGAUGGUGGCGAUGCGUCACGGGUGUCAAGUGAGCUUCGGCGCCAAAGCAUCAGGGACAUCUACACGACUGCCUCGGCUUUUGCGGCUUUCAUGAAGGAUGGAAGCCUGGUCACCUGGGGCAACGCUCGAAACGGAGGAAGUAGCAUCGGCGUAGCUCCGGAGGUGCUGAAGCGAGGCGGCCUCCGCAGCAUCGCGGCUGGCGAGGCAUCCUUUGCGGCCAUCUGCGCGGACGGUUCCGUGGUUGCUUGGGGCGUUCCCGAGUGGGGUGGGCGCUGCACAUCUGUUUGCGAGCAGCUGACUGAGGUCCGCUUUCUCUCGGCCACUCGGCGGGCCUUCGCGGCGCAGCGGGUGGAUGGUGCCGUGAUCUGCUGGGGCGAUGCAGGCUCAGGAGCCAACACAGAGCAGGUGCAAGGUCAACUGCAGUGCGACAUAGGCAUUGUCUUUUCCACAGCCCGCGCGUUCGCGGCGCUGUCUCUGGAGGGCGAGCUUGUCGCUUGGGGAAGCCCCGGAGAUGGUGGGGACUGUGCCGCAGCGCGGCCCUUGCUGACUGCUGGUGUUCGCCACAUCUACGCCACCGACGGCUCCUUUAUGGCCUUCACUGCCGAAGAUGCAG